ACACGUGUGCGUGCCACCACUGUCUGGACACCCGUGCGCGUUUGCAGGAAUCAGCCCUGGCGGAAACCCAGGUUGGGGAGGCAGGGCCUCAGGAGCCAGCCUGAGUGCCCGGGUGGAUGGGGGCACUAAACUGCCUUCCCCUCCCCCGGGCAGCAGGCCAGCUGGGGAGGGGCGUCCAGAUGGCAGAGCAGGCCACUCUGGGCAGCUGGCACCCGGCUCAGGCUGGGAGAGGCCUUUUCCCCACCCAGCUUGUCAGCCACUGGCCCAGCCUGGGAGCCCCUGGCCUGGCCCGACAUGGCUUCACCCAGCCCAACAUCCUCCCUGAAAACAAUAUGGGGACGGGGAGCCAACAAGAUGGAAGGAAAUGAGGAUAAGCACCCUUGGCCACACCUUGGCCCUGAGCCUUCAAGCCUGAAUUAGGGGACAAUCACUACUCAAGCUCCAUGCCUGGAGCUGGAGCAGGGCUGAGAAGGACAGUCAGGGGCGCCGUGCGUGUGUGUGUGCACGUGUGUGUGCGUGCAUGAGACUUUGUACCCAACUGUGCAUGUGCAACCGGACGGGUGGAACUUUCUGUGAGUCUGAGUUUGCGUAGUUGAGAUCAGACUGUACCUGUGGGAGUGUGUGUACAGGACAGGGUGACAGGUCAUGUCUGUGUGUGACUGUCAUAUGAGUGUGUGUGUGUUGGGGAGGUGGGGUACAUGCAUGUGGAUGCAACAGGAACAGCAUUUCACAGUGGUUAGAAAUGCAGAUUUGGGGUUCAAUUCUCUGCUCAGCCACUCAUGAGCUGUAUGGCCUCAGACACAUUAGGUUCUCAGGCUUCAGCCUGAGUAUUUGUUAGUAUGAUUACGUUUGUCUGGAUUCAAGUGUGUGUGUGAAGAGUAAGCCACCUCCUCCAGGAAGUCUUCCUGGAUGCCGAAUCUGAAUUGCACCCUUUCAUUUUUCUUUCUUGUCAGAAGCCAUCUAUUUCCAUCGAAGUCCUAAUCAUAAUUUGUUGUUAUAUAUUUAUUUGUUUGUUUAUGUUGUUUCUUUUCUGUUUCUUCCACUAAAUAUCAGCUCCAGGGGGGCAAGGAGUUUUGCUCUGUUCACUGCUGUGUCCCCCGCACCUGGCAUAUAGUAGGCGCUGAAUACUUGUUGAAUGGAUGAAUGCAGGGCUGUGUCUGCAUGGUACAGAGGGAGAGGUGGGUGCUCGCUGGGCUCCCAGGGGGCCCUGUGUGCAAGUGUGUUCUCUACUCUCUUUCUUUCUCAGCUGUUCACAACCAUGCCUUCAGCCAUCCUCACUUUUAGGGGAAUGAUGUCCCCUUAUAAACUCCCUGUAUCACCGUUAACACCAUCUUUUCCUUUCUCUGGGUCUUACGGACUCAGUUGCUUCAUCUGUAAAAUGGGAGAGGGGAUGGAUCGGUUCAUGAUAAGCUUCCUUCCUGAUCUCAAGUGCCAUGAAAAUAGUUUUAAUCUAAGCCCUUCUUUAAUUCAUUCAACAUUUAUGGGGCGCCAACUGUGUGCCAGGCCCUGUUCUAAAGCCGGCCCUGCCCUCGUGGAGCUGAAGCGAACAAGGAAGGCAGGAACGACCCAGAAAUCUCAUUUAAUCUCCAACACCCCCCCACCCCCGCCCUUGCCUGAUGGAAGGUUCGUCUUCACGGUCUGCAAUCGCCGCGGGUACUUCUCUGUUUAGACACGGAUCUUGCUCCCUCGCCAGCCUUGAGGGGCAGCAGAGCAGGGACCCAGCUGGUCUUGUUGGUGGCUGUAGCCCCCGCCUGGCCACAGCGCCGUGGCGCAUAGCAGGCUCUCGGGAAAUAUGUGUGAAAUGAGCUAAGAAAUAAAUGAUGGAGGAAAGGCAGGCUCGCGUGCAUGGCCCCUGGGCAUCCUGGCCGUGUCAUUACCCACUUUGCAGAUGGGGACAUUGAGGCUCAGGAAGGCAAAGCCGCUUGCCGGGGCCCACCGCAGCUCAGUAGCGAGUGCGUGGCUGUGGGAUACAGCAGACGAAGCUUGUGUAGCCCAGAGGAGCACUCCCAGCCCCCGCGCCCACCUCACAGGGUUGGAGAUGCUGUGCUGGCAGGAGAUUCGGAAAUGCUCCUCGCUGAUGGGGCAGCUUCCGGCGCCCUCUCUCCAGUUCUGGGAGCUGGGGCUCCUAGGACCCCGUUUCGCUGGCACCGGGCAGCUUCAGUCUCCGAAGCCGGGGAGAGACCCCCCCGCGCCUACCCGGGAAUCCCCGACAUCCGGGGUCCUCCCCACACACCCCGAGCCCGGAAGCCGGCCUGAAGCCUCCAAGGGCGUACGGGGGGGGCCCGGCUUUCUUGGGGAGCAGAGGAAGCCCCCACUGUCCUGGCCCCCUCCCUCCGGGGCGCCGGGUCUCCCUCCCCACCGCAGCUCGCAGCCCGAAGCUUACCUUGCAGGGGGGCUGGGGAGGGGAUGCCCCGCCCUCUCCGGCCUGGGGGGCGGGAGGGGACAGGGGUGUCCAGACCCUUUGUUUGCUGGGGUGUGUGUACGUGUGUGUGCGCGAUUGUGAGACCCGCUGGGGUGUGGGUCCUUGCGCGCGUGCUCGGGCCGUGACGGCCGCUGAGAUGCUGGACUGCCCGGGCUG